AGUGUUCAUAUAGGACGUUUCUAAGAGAACUACUUGAACGAACACUGUCUGAAAAACCUAACUCUUUACGAUAUUUUUAUAUGACUUAAUUUAUAUGUCAUCGGGCUAUACAUAAUAUGAUGUAUAGUUCAGUUCAUCCUUAGUUUAUAUAGAUUAAUUAUAAAUUAAAUUAUAUAUAGAUUAAUAUUUUAGCCAUAGCUUCAUCUUUAGUACAGUACCGUAUACACUGGUUCAAUGUACUAACUCUCUCCUGACGCUGGGUGCGCUCCGCUACGACCAAAAUGUGAGUGCUGUGCAGUUCGGCGAGCUGAGAUUGUAACUGCGAGUUUUUAGCAAUAACAGUAAAUGUUACAGACUAAAAGAAAAUGGAUAACACAUAAAAGAAAGGAACACACGCGCACAACGCAAAACACGUUACUUCUCUUCUUAUAAAGUCGGGUAAAAUCCGGCUGAACUUUCGUAAAAUAUAGAUUAUAAUGAUAGAAAAAGUGAUAAGGAAGUAAUAAACCAAAGGUGUACAGAUACGGGCGCCGCGGCUCUGCGUGCCGAUAACGCUCGUGCAGAAAUAGCGCCGCCCGGCGCGCCGCCGCGCUCUCCGCUCCGCGCCUCCGCCAUGCUCGCCAGCGUGCUGACCGCGGCGCUGCUGGGCGCGCUCGGCGCCGCCGCCGCCCGCACCGACGCGCAUCACCCGCCGCUGCCGCCCGCCGGCGCGCGCGCCGCGCCGCCCGAGGAGCUGCUGGCCAGCCACUGGUACCGCGACGCGCGCGACGCCAUCGAGGCGCGACGAGCCAAGCUGCGCUUCGGUGCGACGGCCGGCGCGCGCAACGUCGUCAUGUUCCUCGGCGACGGCAUGUCGCUGCCCACGCUGGCGGCGGCUCGUACGCUGCUGGGCCAGCGCGAGCGCCGCCCCGGCGAGGAGGCGCAGCUCUCCUUCGAGGCCUUCCCCACCCUCGGCCUCGCGAAGACGUACUGCGUGGACGCGCAGACGGCGGACUCGGCGUGCUCGGCCACCGCGUACCUGUGCGGCGCGAAGGCCAACGGCGGCACGCUGGGGCUGUCGGCCGCCGUGCCGCGGCGCGACUGCGGCGCGUCGCAGGCGCCGGCCGCGCGGCUGCAGUCGGUGGCGGCGUGGGCGCUGGCCGCGGGGCGCGACGCGGGCGUUGUGACCACGACGCGCAUCACGCACGCGUCGCCCGCGGGCACCUACGCGCACGCCGCCGAGCGCAACUGGGAGAGCGACGCCGACGUGCGCGCCUCCGGGGUCGACGUGGGCGCCUGCCCUGACAUCGCGCACCAGCUCGUGCACCUCGCGCCCGGGAACCAGUUCAAGGUGAUCCUGGGCGGAGGACGCCGCAUGUUCCUCAACGACACGCUCGUGGACGAGGAGGGCACGCCCGGCGAGCGCGCCGACGGCAGGAACCUCAUCGAGGAGUGGCAGGCCGACAAGGCGCGCCGCAACGUGUCGUACCAGUACGCGUGGAACCGCGAGCAGCUGCUGCACGCCAACGCCACGCUGCCCGAGUAUCUGCUGGGGCUGUUCGAGGGCAACCACCUGCGCUACAACCUGGAGACCGACCCCGCCACCGAGCCCACGCUGGCCGAGCUGACGGAGGUGGCCAUCCGCAUGCUGAGCCGCAACGAGAAGGGCUUCUUCCUGUUCGUGGAGGGCGGGCGCAUCGACCACGCGCACCACGACAACCGCGCGCGCCUGGCGCUGGACGAGACCAUCGAGCUGAGCGCCGCCGUGGCGCGCGCCGUGCGGCUGCUGGACGAGGCCGACUCGCUCGUGGUGGUGACGGCCGACCACACGCACGUCAUGGCCUUCAACGGGUACAGCGCGCGCGGCGCCGACGUGCUGGGCCCGUCGCGCUCGCGCGACGCCGACGGCGUGCCCUACAUGACGCUGUCGUACACCAACGGGCCCGGGCGCCGGCCGGACGUCGACGGGCGCCGGCCGGACGUCACCCGCGAACCCGACGUCGGCUCGCCGCGCUGGCGGACGCACGUGGACGUGCCGCUCGCGUCCGAGACGCACGGCUCGGACGACGUGCCGGUGUUCGCGUGGGGCGCGCACCACGAGAUGUUCUCGGGCCUGUACGAGCAGAGCCACGUGCCGCACCGCAUGGCGUACGCGGGCUGCUUCGGCGGCGGCCCGCAGGCGUGCGACGCCGCCGCCGCGCCGAGCGCGCUCGCGCUGCCGCUCGUGGCGACGCUGCUGGCGCUGCUUCGAGCGCUCGCUUGACGCGUCGCCCGUCCGCUCCCCGAAACGUGUAGUUUAUGCAGUACUAGUGAUAUAUAUUGUAAGCGACUCAUGAAGUAAGACUUCGUUCGCAACUCUAGACUAGAGUCAGCGCGUAUUGUGAGGAGGCUCCUCACUCUAGAGGGCGGGGCGCAAGGAAUCACGCUCGAGGUGGGAGCGAGCCGGGAACCAGCACUGCUGGACUACGACACGCCACGAGUGAGCCAGCUCCGAAUCCGUUUAGUCUAUUGACGGCGUAAUUGUAAACUAUUUAUCUUGUGAAGUAAAACAUGUCCGACACGAGAGAUGGUUGACGAUGGCGCUGCUAAUUUUCAAGUUUCUCUUUCAUGUAUUAUUUUAUUUCUGAAGUAAAACUUCUUGACUUGGGAAGUAAGUUGGUGAAUGCGUUACGAAAAAUGUAAUCGGGUGGCAAACGCAUGCGACUUCGCGUGGUUUAAAACACACUCACUUUUUUGUACAAUUUUGAUAGUUUUUAACAUUAUAUUUUAUGUCUUAGAAGCGUUGUUAAUAAUUUAAAAAUAUCUAGUCUAAGGAAACAUAUUACAAAAAUGAAAAUUGUAUAUUAUCUAGUAAUACCCGUUUAAUUAUAAAGAGGCUGUAUAUAACAUAAAUAAACAAGUAAGAUUUUAAAAAUUAAGGAACCAAUAAAU